AGAUCACUCAACAUCUCGAACGACCACAAUCAGUAAGCUUUCUACAUCUAAAAUAAAAGUUGAAAAGGACGACAGCAUUCAGGGAGUCAAGUCAUCAGUAGUUUUAACACAAAAGAAUAUGAAUCUCAGCUUCAUACCAGGCCAGCGUGGUAAAUCACUAUUGUGUUUUAACAAUUUCACCUAUGCGAAGAACAAUGUAUGUGGUAACACUACGUACUGGAAUUGCCGAAGUCGACGCGUUGGUAUGAAGCCUUGUAAGGCACGCAUAACAACAACGAAACAACCAAAUGAGGGCAGUGUCGCUAUUUAUUCAGCCACUUCACGGGGGCGUGUGCAACUCAUUUAUGGUGGGCAACCGUUUAUCUUUGAAAAAAUCUUGAAGUUAGCAACUGGGGAGGAGAAAAAAUUUUGGCGCUGUAAUCAAUGGUGGAACCAAAAGUGCCGUUCACGCGUCUAUACCAUCAACGAUAUAGUUAUGCCACUUAAUCGCUACCACACGCAUGAGGAAAUCGUUCGACGUAAGAAACGUACACGCCGGGUACCACCUAGUGGCGGUACAACGUCUAAAAAGGAGAAGAAAACACCGGCAAUCGAAAAUACAAGUGUAGAAGCGGUGGCAACUACAACUACAGAUCCUAUUGAUGUAGCUGAGCUAGGAAUGCAUUUAAAAUAUGAGGAAAUCGUAGCUGAUGUCACAGAAAUAGUUGAACCGAGCGACAUUGUGAAAAAAAGUUUGAAGUAGUAAUUUCGGAAGUAUGUAUGUAUGUAAAUGUAGUAGCUUAAAUGGCGAUUAUGCUAAUUUAGCCCCAUUAAGAGCAUUAGUGAUCUAAUUUUUAUGCAUACUGAGUUAAUAUUAUUACGGUACCGCAUUUUUUUUCUAAAACUUAUCUAAAAUGUGUACGUAGUUAUUUUUAAUAAAAUACAUAUGUAAUUA